AUGAUUUAUAUUCUCCGGACGUUUUCCGGACAAACAGAUCUCAAAUUAUUCGGUCAAACGAGCGAUGAAUUCAUUAAUGAAGAGUUGAUUCAAAGAGAAGACAAUACAAGACAUGAAACACAAGACAAUAGAGAGAAGACAAGCGCUGAAGAAGUGGUCGACUCUGAAGACAACGAAUCAAAUGAUGGCAUCGAUUGUCAUAUUAAUGAUGAGAUAGACGUUGGAAGUGAUGCCGAAGACAAUGAAGACAACUGUCAAAUAACUGAAGACUUGAUUAAUAAAAACAUUCAAUUGAAUCGCGAAUCAAUUAAUAGUCAAAUAGUCGAUGAUUUGAACACAAAAUCAGAUAACAAGAGCACGACUGUGACAGGCGUUGGAAGUGAUGCCGAAGACAAUCAUAUUAACGAAGACUUGAAUAAUAAAACUAAUGAAUUGAAUGAUAACUUAAGUGGUAAUCAAAGAGGGAGUGAAUUGAACACAACAUAUAAUACACGGAAACCAAAGUACACUUCAAUUGAUAGCGAAGACAAUGACAGCGAAUCUGAAGAAUUGAGUGAUAAUGAAAUGGAUGCUAAUUCUAGUGAUAAAAAAAUGUCUGGAAAACCGUCGCGAAAAAGUGGUGUAUUUGUGUGCGAUUACGAGGGCUGUGACGUGUCCUUCCGUGACUCGUAUUUCUUAAAAAGGCACGCAUUUUGUCAUUUGAGUGCAAAAACCAAGACAUCGAUGGUAUAUAAGAGGAGACCCGACGGCCGGUACUUAUGUCUUAUGGAUGCCUGUAAUGAGGACUACAAAUACAGAGAUGCUCUCAGAUUACACCAAAUGUCACACUUGAAAGAGUGUUCGCAGACUGACUGUUCGAAUGAGUUGAUCGAAGACAAUGAGGACAACAAUCAUAUGAAUGAAGACUUGAAUAAUAAAACCAAUGAAUUGAAUGACAACUCAAGUGAUAAUCAAAACGCGAGUGAAUUAAACACAACAUAUAAUACACGGAAACGAAAGUACGCUUCAAGUGAUAGCGAAGACAAUGACAGCGAGUCUGAAGAAUAUAGACCUGAUUUGAGUGACAAUUCGGGUGACGAAUGGAUAGUUAGAAAACGGGUGCGAAAGGGACCGAAUGGGAAGUAUGUGUGCGACUACAAGGGCUGCGGUCGGGCUUUUAAUUUCUCUUCGGGCUUACGAUUGCAUGCGUUUAAACAUUUGAGCGCUAAGACCAGGAAAGCAUUGGUUUUUAAGAAGAGAUCCGACGGCCGAUACGUUUGUCUUAUGAGCGCCUGUAAUGGGGUUUAUAAACACAUUCGUAACCUUCGACAGCACCAAAUCUUACACUUGAAAGACAGUCCGAAUGAGUGGACCAAAGGACCCGACGGGAAGUAUGUGUGCCAUUACAAGGGCUGUUACCGGCAUUUCCCAGACGUGAGUGCACUAAAAAGUCACGCAUUUUGUCACUUGAAUGCGAAGACCAAGAAAUCAUUGGUUUUUAAGAAGAGAUCCGACGGCCGAUACGCGUGUGCUAUGGACUCCUGUAAUGCCGUCUAUAAACACAAGUAUAACCUUAGAGGUCAUCAAAUGUCACACUUGAAAGAGCCGUUUGCAGACAAUUGUGGAUCAGAUUUGAGUGACGAUGAAAUGGACGACAAGUCGGGAGAUGAAGUAGUUGGCAAAAAAUGGCCGCCAAAAGGACCCGACGGGAAGUAUGUCUGCGACUAUAAGGGCUGUGACCGGGAAUUCCUGUUUGUGAGAUCCCUAAAAAUGCACGCGUUUUGUCACUUGAAUGCGAAGACCAAGAAAUCAUUGGUUUUUGAGAAGAGAUCCGACGGCCGAUACGCGUGUCUUAUGGACGCCUGUAAUGCGGUUUACAAACACAUUCAACACCUCAGAGGUCAUCAAAUGUCACACUUGAAUGAGCCGUUUGCAGACUAUUAUGAAUCAGAUUUGAGUGAUAAUGAAAUGGACGACCACUGGAUUGGAUGGAAACCCACCCGAAAAGGACCCGACAAUAAGUUUGUGUGUGACUAUAGAGCCUGUGGGACAUCCUUUAGGAUACUGAAUGAACUACGAAAGCAUGCGUUCAGACAUUUGAGUGCAAAGCGUAGGAAAACAUUGGCUUUUAAAAGACGAUCCGAUGGCAUAUAUGUGUGCUUUUGGGGCGAAUGUAUUAAGACAUACAAAACUAGCGGUGAAAUCAGAGGACAUGUAAUGUCACAUUUGGAGCACUCGUUAAAAGGAGUCGACGGGAAGUUUGUAUGUAAAUACAAGAACUGCGGCCGUGCUUUCCGGUCCGCUUUUUUCUUACAACGGCACGCGUUCUGUCACUUGAGUGCUAACAUCAAGACAUCGAUGGUGUUUAAGAUACGGCCCGACAACCGAAUUGUGUGUCUUAUGGACGACUGUAAUAAAGUCUACGAACAAAUGAUUAGUCUUAGAGGCCAUCAAAUGUCACACUUGAAAGCGCCGUUUGUAGACAAUUGUGGAUCAGAUUUAAGUGAUAAUGAAAUGGACGAUAAAUGUGAUGAUCAUUGGAUUGGUUGGAAACCCACCCGAAAACCUGACGGCCGGUAUGUGUGUGACUAUAGAGGCUGUGGGACGCCGUGUCGAACACGUGGGGCAACACAAAUGCAUGCAUUCAAACAUUUGAGUGCAAAGCUUAAGAAAUCAUUGGCUUUUAAGAGACGAUCCGACGGCAUAUUUGUGUGUCUUUGGGGCGAAUGUAUUAAGACAUUCAAAGAUAGAUCUCAUCUCCAGUCGCACCAAAUGUCUCAUUUAGAAGACCCGUUAAAGUGGUCGCAGACCUGUUGUCGCAAUGAAUUGACAGAAGAAUUAAAUGACGAAUCAAUGGAAAGCCAAAGAGUGAGUGAAUUAAACACAGAAACUAAUGGCAAACGAAAACACAAAUCAGCGGAAAGUGAAGAGAAUGGCAGCGAAACUGAAGAAUACGGUUCCGGUUUGAGUGACAAUGAAAUGGACGAUAAAUCGGGCGACGAAUGGAUGGGUGGGAAACGGUUGCGAAAAAGACGGAAUGGGAAGUAUGUGUGCGAUUACAGGGGCUGUGGUUCGCAAUUCAAACUGCCCGCACAAUUGCGAAUGCAUUCGUUUAAACACUUGACAGCAAAGGCAAAGAAAUCGCUGAUCUAUAAGAUGAGAUCCGACGGCCAGUUUGUAUGUCUUAUGGGCGCCUGUAAUGCGGUAUUCAAACGGAUUGAUAGCCUCAGAGGCCAUCAAAUGUCACACUUGAGAGAGCCGUUAAAGUGUCCGCAAACCGAUUGUCCGUUUGUAGCCAUCACUCGAGUGGCCCUUCAAAAGCAUGUGAUUAUACACCCGAAGCCAUACGUGUGCGACACGUGUGGCCUAAAGUUGAGAAGCAAUGGAUAUUUAACUCAACACAAGCGCAGACAUAACGACGCUUUGAAAUACGGGUGCGAUUGGCCGGAGUGUGGCCGACUGUUUGCAGAAAAAUGCCUAUUAAGAGAUCACGUGAAUACACAUACAAGUGCUGUUCACCACCCGUGCGAAUGGCCCGGUUGUGGACAAACAUAUACAAAAAUAGGGUCUCUAAGAAUACAUGUGCUUAGAGUGCAUAAAGGGAUGGCUGAGUAUCGGUGCCAUUGGCCAGAGUGUGACUAUAAGACCACAAAUCGCAUCCGACUUAACAAUCAUAUCCAUAGACAACACGAGGGUUUGGAUGACUACCAGUGCUCUCAUACGGGAUGUGAUUAUAAGACAUCAAAAUGUGGUCAAAUGGACGCACAUAUGAAGACUCACACAAAAUCGUGA